AUGCGCAGAAGCCGCGUGCCCUUUCGUCUAAGUGCUUCUGCAACUCUGACAAUGGCGACUCGCGGUGUGGGGCUGCUGACCCGUUUACCCCUAUGUGCUCAGAAACGUCGCGUCCUGCAUCCUAUCCACAGGCUUCUCAGUUGCCCAGGAACUGUGGCCACAGAUGUCAGGAGAGAAGAGCAGUCCUUCGGAAGCGCGGAGACAGGCUCUGAAGACAGGACUCUCAAGAGAUUCUCUGAGGUGCAAAAAGAAAGACGAGAACAGGCACAGCGGACUGUUUUAAUACAUUGCCCAAAUAAAAUCAGUGAAAAAAAGUUUCUCAAAUAUUUAUCCCAACAUGGACCAAUUAGUAAUCAUUUCUUCUAUGAAAGCAUUGGUCUUUAUGCCGUUGUAGAAUUUUGUCAGAAGGAAAGUGUAGCUUCUCUGCAGAAUGUAACUCGUACUCCGAGCAUGGGAACAGAGGCUGCAAUUCCAUUCAGAUCACGUUUCUUCAGUUUAAAGUUGAAGAAUCCAUCAAACCAGAUUUCUGAACAAUCACAUAUACCAUUUAGUAAUCACUCGCCACCUCCAAACAAGAAGCUUUUUAAAUUACUUUGUGAUGCAGAAAGUAUAGAUGAUCAGCUGAACAUUCUGUUGAAGGAAUUCCAGCUAACAGAUGAGAACACCAGGCUCCGAUAUCUCACCUGUUCUCUUAUUGAAGACGUAGCAGCUGCCUAUUUUCCGGACUGUGCAGUCAGACCCUUUGGUUCUUCGGUGAACGGUUUUGGGAAAUUAGGGUGUGAUUUAGACAUGUUUUUGGAUCUGGAUGAAAUUGGAAAAUCUGAUGCUCACAAGACCUCAGGAAAUUUUCUGAUGGAAUUUCAAGUGAAAAAUGUUGCUUCAGAAAGAAUUGCAACUCAGAAGAUACUGUCUGUGAUAGGAGAAAGCCUUGACCACUUUGGCCCUGGUUGUGUGGGUGUACAAAAAAUAUUAAAUGCUCGGUGUCCACUUGUGAGGUUCUCACACCAGGCAUCUGGAUUUCAGUGUGAUUUGACUACUAACAAUAGAAUUGCCUUGAAAAGUUCUGAACUCCUUUACAUAUAUGGUGCCGUGGACCCGCGAGUGAGAGCUCUGGUAUUCACAAUCCGGUGUUGGGCUCGAGCACAUUCGUUAACGAGUAGUAUUCCUGGUGCUUGGAUUACAAAUUUCUCCCUUACAAUGAUGGUCAUCUUUUUUCUCCAGAGGAGAUCACCCCCUAUUCUUCCAACACUAGAUUAUCUAAAAACCCUAGCAGAUGCGGAAGAUAAAUGUAUAAUAGAAGGCCACAACUGUACAUUUAUUUGCGACUUGAAUAGAAUUAAACCUUCAGAAAAUGCAGAAACACUAGAAUUACUACUGAAAGAAUUUUUUGAAUUUUUUGGAAAUUUCUCUUUCAAUAAAAAUUCCAUAAAUAUUCGACAGGGGGAAAGGAAAAACAAACCUGAAUCUUCUCCACUGCACAUUCAGAAUCCUUUUGAAACUUCACUCAACAUCAGCAAAAAUGUAAGUCAGAGCCAGCUGCAAAAAUUUGUAGAUCUGGCCAGAGAAAGUGCCUGGAUUUUAGAUCAGGAAGAUAAAGAUCACCCUUCAAGUAAUCAGCUGUGGGGACUGGCAACUCUGCUGCUACCUUCUGUAGCAAAGAGUAUGUCUCAUACCAAGAAGAAAAAGAAGCCUGCAAGUGAAAGAAUUAAAAACUUGUUGGAAUCCAUAAGAAGUAGCAGUACAGAAAAUUCCAAAAACACCGUUGGGAAAAGAACAGUGAAUACUCAGGCGUAAUGUACUUUGCUUUAAGAGCUGAUUUUAUCCUAUAAAAUGAUCUUUGGACGACCUGGAAGAACUGAUGUGGGACUUUCACACAUCUCAGCUUUGAUCUGAUGUCUCUUUUCACGAUCUUCGGUCUUCUCACUGGGCCCUUUACCUGGUUUGAAGUUCUGGGACGUCUUCAGGCUGAUCAGUCUGCUACCCAGUGACAUCUUAUUAAAACAGCAGCCACAAGGAACAGGUGAAAGAAGAUUGGACUAUACUUUAAAUAGAAAAACUCUACAAAGUGAAUGGUAAAAAGCAGUUUUAAAAUCACACCAUUGUCGAUAUCCAUGUUAGUUCCUGGGUAUGUCAAUGAAUACAAUAAAGCUUCAAAUUUUGGUAGUA